AUGGGUGAAAUACAUGAGAGAUCUUGUGGCGCUCAUCAGUCAGGAAAGAAGAUGAAGUGGUUUAUCAAGAGAUAUGGGUAUUUCUGGCAAACUAUGGAAAAUGAUUGUUUCAGCUAUGCUAAAGGAUGUGAAGAUUGCCAACAAAAUCGCCGAAUGCAGCAUACACUAGCAGUUCCUUUGAAUCUGAUAAUCAAGACUCGACCUUUUAGGGGAUGGGCUAUGUAUUUUGUAGGAAAAAUUGCACCUAGUUCCAGCCACGAACACACUUUCCUCAUCAUAGCCACUGAUUACUUUACCAAGUGGGUGGAGGCCAAGGCAUUAAAAACCAUCUCUUCAGUUGCAAUAGUCACCUUCAUCAAACAACAGAUCAUUCAUAGUCACGCUGAAUUUACCAACAAGAUAUUGAUCAACAUCAUCAAGAAAAUGGAGGAAGACAAUCCCAGGGAUUGGCACAAAAGAUUAUCCAAGGCUCUGUGGGCAGACAGAACCUCUAAAAAAAUGGCUAUAGGCACAACACCUUUUGCUCUAACAUAUGGCCAUGAUGCAGUGUUGCUUGUAGAGAUCAAUGUACAAUCCUUGAGACUAGAGAAACAAUCAGGAAUGGACGAGGUAGCUUAUACAGAAGCCAUGAUGCAAGGAUUAAACCAACUAAGUGCGAUUCAUGCCAAAGCCUUGAACCAUUUGACAGUUGGUAAACAAGAAAUGGCUCGGGCCUACAACAAAAGAGUUCAUGAGAAGACUUUUGAAGAAGGAGCAUUAGUAUGUUGGGCUAUUUUACCACUUGGAACACACGUGGCAGGUCUAAGGAAAUGGAGUCCUACCUAG